AUGUCGACAAUUAACAUGCACCCACCGCAAACGUAUUCGCGCCUGUUCCGUCCGUGGGAUACGCAACGCCAAACGCCAGCGCCGCCCGCCCGGACCGUGAAACGUGAACGUGAACAUGAACCCGAAACAGUGACCAUCAAAACGGAGCUGCCCAGCAGCAGCAGCAACAGCAGCAGAUGCUGCUAUGGCCAGGAUAGCGAUCGCGAGUCCUCCUCAUCCGCGUCGAGCUCGAGCAGCAGCAGCACCAGCAGCAAGUCCAGCUACGAGGAUGCCCUCAACAGCAGCUACACGCGCACCUCGACUCCCCUGCUGGAUGCCACGCCGCAGCCAGCGUUUCCAGGUGCCUCCGCGGUGGCGCCACAGCAGUUGUCGCCGCAGCCAGCGCCAUUUAUGCCAGCCAGCGAGCUGUACUAUGCCGCAGCAGCAGCAGCUGCCGCCGCUGCCAAUACACCGACCGCGGCUGCCUUUGGCAUGGAUCCAUUUACACUGGGCCUGAUGGAGCAGGAGUACGCUCGGGUCAUGGCCGAGGAUGCGCAGCUGAAAGCGCUGAAUGCACGCAAACAACGGCCCAAGAAAUUCAAAUGCCCGCACUGUGAUGUCGCCUUCUCCAACAAUGGCCAGCUCAAGGGACACAUUCGCAUACACACCGGCGAGCGACCCUUUAAGUGCGACGUGGAAACCUGCGGCAAGACCUUCACACGUAACGAGGAGCUGACCCGGCACAAGCGCAUCCACUCCGGACUGCGGCCGUAUCCGUGCAGCGCCUGCGGCAAGAAGUUCGGUCGUCGCGAUCAUCUCAAGAAGCACAUGAAGACGCAUAUGCCGCAGGAGCGCCAGCUGGGACCGGCCAUCUUUAUGCCCAUGUAUCCCUACCUGUAUGGCUACUAA